AAUGGCUUUAAAAUAUCGAAAAUGUUAAGUAUUCUUUUGGAAAAGUUGGGUUUUGUCAAGAGUUUUAAAUUUCUUCAUCCGAUACUACAAAAGUAAGCCAUUGGUUAAAACUAGCGAGUAAACAGACGGAGUCUGUGGGAAGAAAAUAUCAAGUCUUAGAUAUUGCAAUUGUUUGACGCGCAGCUAAGAUGAGCAAUUGACAUUGUUAUUAUAUCAGCUAACGUGUACGCUCGCCAGAGGAACACUAUCGGGAUGAAUAUUUUACAAUAUAAACUUCUUGUGCUUAUUUCAUUAUGGAAUUUUAAACUGACCUAUGGACAGAAAAGGCAAGACUUUAUUCAAGCCCUUCUUAAGGACUAUGACAGCAGGAUCCCACCAAACUUUGAAAAGGAUUAUCCAUGCGAAGUCAAUGUGAGCCUGUACAUAAACAGUAUCGACUCCAUAGAUGAACAGAAAAUGGACUUCACCUUAAGCACAUUUAUUAGCCAAGAGUGGCGUGAUACAAGGCUCAGAUUCAGAAACCUUAUCCCUGAGGAGUACCUAGAGCUCGAUUCUCGUUUGAUGGGAAAUGUUUGGGUGCCAGACCUCUACUUUCGCAACGAAAAACAAGCUUAUUUUCACACCGUGACGAUUCCAAAUAAAAUGUUACACAUCUUUAAAAACGGAGUGGUGAAAUACAGAUCUAGAAUAACAUUGACUGCUUCCUGUCCUAUGAAACUCCACAAAUAUCCGAUGGAUCGGCAAACGUGUUCGUUAUUUAUCCAGAGUUUUGCAUUUUCAACAAAUCGAUUGAUAUUUCGGUGGCGGGACAAAGAUCCAGUCCGAAUGAAUCCAAAUCUUGAACUGCCCCAGUUUACACCUUACAGACUUGAGACAGAAAAUUGUACUGAUAUCGGUGAAGGAAAUACCUGUUUACAACUGAAUGUGUAUCUUGACAGAAAUAUUGGAUUCUAUAUGAUACAGACAUAUAUUCCAAGUGUACUCAUCGUCAUGUUGUCAUGGUUAUCGUUCUGGCUUAACGUUGAUUCCGUACCGGCUCGAAUCUCAUUAGGCAUUCUCACCGUUCUUACAAUGACUACACAGAGAAGCAUGUCUAAUGCUUCAUUACCAAGGGUGUCUUACGUUAAGGCCAUUGAUGUUUGGAUGGCAGUAUGCCUUUGUUUUGUUUUCGCCGCGUUGCUGGAGUACGCAUGCGUCAAUGUGCUGUCACGAAGCCAGUUGCGCAAGAAGUUAAAGAAAGAAUGGCGGGAGAAACAAAAUGGUAUACAGGAACAGAAAAACGGCCUUAUCAAUGGACUUAAGAAAAAGCGAUCACGUGACAAUGCACAGAGUGUAGAUGAUGUGUGCAGGGUUGUAUUUCCAAUCAGCUUUUUGUUGUUUUGUAUUAUAUAUUGGAGUUGCUACUUGACAAUUCAUUAAACUAGACAAUAAAGUUUGAGUAAGAAAUGAAAUUGGAAUAGGGGAUUAUCUGAGUUAAGACGUCCUGGAGGAAAUAGUUCAGUAAUAAUAUGGUGCAAUGUAAAGUCUUUUUAAACUAACAUAGGGACCACACAUGAAAUAUUAUCUUGUAAAACGUUGUUUAUAUAUUGUAGAUAACUAAUAGACGUUAUAAAAAAUUAACAGAAGUAAGCAGAUGAAUGAAGCAUCAUCUUUCAAAAUUGAUAUGUUGCAAAUAAAUUGAAUAUUGCCUGUCAUGCACACUGUCAUGGCACGAUUCUCAAAAUCUAGUGUUUGAAUCAUAUUAAACAGUAUAAUAAUGAAUGUAUAUUGCAACAUAGGAAUUUAAAGAUAUUUCAAAUGUAAUAAUGUUGAUUUUGUGUACUUCGAAAUGAUUAUUUAUUAUUAUUAUUAAAUCUAUAAUUAUAGUACUUUCCAUUGGUCUAGAUGUAGUUACAUGGUCAAUGAUAGAAAGUCGUAUUGACUCAAAGGCGGAGCCAAAACAUGUAUUGACUUCCAGCUGGGACGUCAUCACGGUUUGACGCCAAAACAAUGCGACGUCGUACACAAUUUACUACGACGAAAAAUGACAAAAUGCUGCAGAUAUUUGUAUUUACUUUUUAUACUUAUAAGUAGGCUUGAUAUAAUGAUAGAACAAUUGUUGCCUUUUUGGUUCGGUCGAUAUGCGGAUUUAUCGAUCUCACCAAAAGGCAAUAAUUGUAUAAUACUAAUUUUGCAAAACAGAAUAUUAACUACUGAAGUUUCUUAUUAAAAUGAUUCAUUACAAGCAUUCUCAGAAGAGCAUUAUCUAUUCAUUAUUAUUUACCAUUUUAUAAACUCCGUUAAAUACAGUGGAACCUAAAACGUCAAAAUUUUUCCAUAUUGACGUCCAAAUUUCAUAUCGGGUACGUGACGUCAUUUGUGACGUCAGCUUCAUGCAUGUCGUCACAAUAUUUUCAGUUUUAUUCAGUCCAAAGAACACAUUUUUAUCAUUUAUCUAAUAAUUAUAGGUGUAGUGUGUGUAUGUAAUAAAAAGAUUAUUAGAUUUGUAUCGAGAAGUCGCACAAUAUUUCCGCUGCAGAACAAGUGCAUAUUUCUCGAUACAAAUCUAAUAACCUAUAGUUAUUUUCAUUUAAAAGCAUACAGACAUAUCAGAAAGCAGCGAUUCUAUAUCAUACACAUUUUGCAGAAACAAUGGUCGAAAUAAAUCUUGUUUCUCUAUUUAAUUCUAAUACUCUCAGAAACCAUAAUAUUUAAUCAUACUUAACAGUUUCAUGUUUACCUUCAGAAAUAUCAUCUUAGUUUGUAUAAAACAAACAGUUUUGUUUAUUGCUCAUUUGUAUGUUUUAUAAACACUACGAUUUAUUAUAUGUGCACACUGUGAUGUUUCUGUAAUUAAAUUUGAUUUAUA